CCAUGAAAAGAAAUGAAAUAAUGGCAUUUGCAGCAACCAUUGUGGAGUUGGAGACCAUUAUUCUAAGUGAAGAAACUCGGGAAUGGAAACCAGACAUCGUAUGUUCUCACUCAUAAAUGGGAGCUAAGCUAUGAGGACGCAAAGGCAUAAGAAUGGUACAAUGGACUUUGGGGGCUCAGGGGAAAGGGUGGAAGGGGUGUGAGGAAUAAAAAACUACACAUUGGGUAUAGUGUGCACUGCUUGGGUGAUGGGUGCACCAAAAUCUCAGAAAUCACCACUAAAAAACUUAUUCAUCUAACCAAACACCACCUGUUCCCCAAAAAAAUAAUUUAAAAAAGUUUGGCAGGCCUCCAUUGUUUCUUGGCUAUGUGGCCUGUACAAGUGAUUUCAGCUUAUUGAGCUUCAGUUUCCACACCUGUUAAAAUGAGUUUAUAGCAUAGGAUUGUUAUGAAUAUUAAAUGUGGCAGCAAAUGUGAAGCACCUAGCAUAGUGCCUGGCCUGCAGUAAGUGCUCAACAAAUGUCCCUUCCCCUUUCCUUCUCUUGCUCUCCCUCUCACCCGUGUCCUCUCAGAUUGUCUGUGCCAUUGGGCAGAGGGAAAUUCUCUCCUCCCAAUAAACCGGUAUGUGGGGUCAGGUGUGUGGUAAGCAGACUGGUUCUCUACAUUAAACAUGCUGCCUUCACUCAGGGACCUUUUAGGCAGAAGGGCCAUGUUUAUGCAUAUAUGUGCAACCUGCUUUUCCUGCAGCAUAGCUCGGGCCUGCAAAAAUAGCUCCAUCAGAGCUGAAGAGUCAGCCAGUCUUGUAUGAACAUGGACUAUAGAUCCUCAUGUGGGCCCGUGUCCACUUGACCAGGCUGCAUGGCUCAGCAUGCUGUGCAGCAGAUGAACAGCUGGCCCAGAGAGUUCCCAAUGGGCUCUUGCACACUGCCCAGGAGCCAGGAGGGAGACCUUCCAGGAUCUGCCACCUGGUGCCAGGGAGCAGUGAGCCCAAAAGCCCAACAACUAGAUCAGACGGGUGACUGGGCAGCCAGGGAAUGUGGAGGAGGACUCGAAAGGUGUCCAGAGCUUGCCAUGUCAUCUCUCCCAGACCUAGCUUCCUCAUCUGCAAAAUAAGGCUGAAGAAAAUUAAAUACGUUUUGGGAUUCCAGUAGAGCUAGAAAAUAAUACUUAUCUUCCUGGCCUAAAUUCAAAAUUAGUUGAGACAUAGAGGAGUCAGACAGAUAACAAUAAUAAAUAAAAUAAGUAAAUAAAUAAAUAAAUAAAUAAAUAAAUAAAUAAAUAAAAACAGCAAAUACUUUUAUAGCAUCAUCACCGCUAGUUAAGCAUUAAUACUUAUUUCGCAUUUCCUAUUUGUCGAAGCUCUUUAUGAUGUUCUAAUCUGAGCCCUUUAUGAUGUUAACUAAUACAACAGUCCUAUAAGGUAGGUACUAUUCUUAUCCCCAUUUUAUGGAUGAAGAAACCAAGGUACUGAAAGUUUAAUUAAUUUGCCCCAUAUCACAGAACUAGUAAUUGGCAGACUAGGAUUUAAUGCCAGGUGGUCUGACUUCCAAGGCCAUGAUCUUGACCACUGUCCUGCACCAAUUACCAUGGAAAGCCCACAGGGCAGCUUUAGAUCUGCACACAGGGUCUUGCUAACACUUCGACCUAUAGUUAGACUUGGCCAUCCUGUCAAGGAGAGGAGAAGAGCUUUGCUUUCCAUAGGCCACCUCAUAGGCCAUACAGGGGGUAUUGGGUGAGGCAGGUCCGGUUCCUUCUCCCAAACCCACCAACCCAAUCAUUGUCACUCAAAUUACCACAAACUUGCUAAUUUGUAACUGGGAGUAGUGAUAGUACCUGUGUCCAGGUUGUGCUGUGGGUUAGCUGAGGUGGUAUGUCUAAGUGCGCACUUGGGACAUUUUCUGGUGCAAGGUUAGUACUCAACCCAUGUUAGCCAUUCUUGUUAUCAUCUGUUCCCUAAUACAAACUCUUCAAUGGGUCCCCAUUGGCCACAAGAUAAAGGUUGAACUCCUUUCACAGAGAACAGGUUGUUGUUGACUUAAAACAACAGAAACAUAUGCUAUCACAGUUUGAGAGGCCAAAAGUCUGCAAUCCAGGUAUCAUCGGGGUGACUCCUGGAGGCUGUGAGAGAAUCCACUCCAUGCUUCUCUCCUAGCUACUGUGGCUGUCAGCACCCCAUAGCACUCCUUGACUUGGGGACACACAUCACUGCAGUCUCCGCCCCCACCUUCACAUGGCCUUCCCCUCUGUGUCUCUGUGUGUCCCUUCUGUCUUCUAAGGACACCCUCAUUGGAUUUAGAGCUCACCCUAAUCCAGUGUGAUCUUAUAUCAAUCUUUUAAUUACAUCUGCAAAACCAUAUUUCCAAAUAAGAUUACAUUCAGAGAUUUUCAGCAGACAUGAAUUUUGAAGGGACGUGUUUCAACCACAAAAAGGACAAAUUAGUAAGGGAAUAAGGUAAGACAAGAGCGUUCCCAUAGGGAAGUUUAUCCUCAAGAAGACAUAAUGUGGUAAAGAGGUUUCCUCCUGGGAUUGGUAGACACUGGCAUGGCUGCUUUAACAGAGAUCAAAAUAACGGUGGCCAAAGCAUAACAGAAGCUUGUUUCUCUUGCACAUAAAAUCUCAGCCAGGGGGAUACAGAUGUUCUACUUCACAAAGUUCUUCAGGGCUUCUUUUAUCUUGUUCUAACAUGCUGUUCAAGAUGCCCUUAACCCCAGAGACAAAGAUGGCUCACCAAAAAGGGCCACACUUUUGCCAGCAGGUAGUGGAAGAGGAAGUGGAAGGCAUCUGGCUUUAUUCUAAGGGUACAAGCAAAAGAUUGCACAUAACACCUCUGCUCACACCCAUUGGCCCAAACUUAGACAGUCAUGCCUCACUGCAAGGGAAUUUGGAAAGUCUAGUCUUUGGCUGAGAGGUCAUGGAACCAGCUAAAAUUUUGGGGAUUAAAUUUCUAAAUGAAAGAUGGGGAGAUUGAUCGUUGAGGGACAACUAGCGUAAAGUGUAAGAAAUACCUGAUACAGGGUAAGAGGUCAGUAAAUUGUAAUGUUGAUCUUCUGCCAUGAUAUUGCUGACAACUUAUUCUUGCUGGUCACACGCUGAUAAGCCUCUAUAUUCACCCCUGACCCUGGCACCUGUCACUGUAGUAACCCAAGUACAGACAGAUCAUGACUCCACAGUCUUGAGAUGGACCACUUUUCUUCACACUCCUUUACUUGGCUCCCCAAGUCGGCUGCCCUCAAGGAUGCCCCCGUCUCCAGCUUAGCCUUGGACCCAAGGUUGCAAAGUCCUGGAGAAGGGAGGCUCCCCCCAAGUCCCCCAAGCUCUGACUGCCAGGAAUACCUUGUGUUCCGGAAUCUGAACCCCCAGGCACUGCAUGCCUUGCCCAUUCUGCACGGUUGCCUUCCUGUAUACUGGAGGAGUUUGUGGAAAGAAUUUUCUGGCAUUAGAGGGUGAAAGUCAAAACAGUAAUUACAAGAACAUCUGUUUCUGAGUGGAAAGCAUAUCCCCUGCACACCAGGAGAUAUGCCUGCACAGUUCAACAAGCAGGAUGUUAAAAUGGAAGAGAGUGUUCUGGGAGGGAGGACUAAUGGCCCCAGCCAUGAUGAAGGCUCUGCUUCCUGGGAGGAUGCUGCACUGGGAAAUAGGGAGAAAGGAGUGUGGGGAAUGAGUGAGUGAAUGCAUGGAGAAGGGAGUGAAUGAAGGACAGAAAGAAUGAAAAUGGUGAAUGAAUGAGUGACUUAAUGAAUGAAUAAAUGAAUAAAUAAGUAAAAAAUGAAUCCAUGAAUAAAUAAAUCAAUGAGUAAGUAAAUAAGUGAAGAGGCUAAUGAGCGAAUGAGGGAACGAGUGUGAUUUUGAGGAAAUAGAUGAGUGAAAAUUGGGGGGAACUGAAUAUGAGCUUUGGCCAGCAGGUGGUGGAAGAGAAAGUGGAAGGCAUCUAUAAAUGAAUGAGUGAGUCAGUAAUAGGUAGAAAUGAAUAAAUAAUAGAAUAAGUGACUGAGUGAAUGAGUGAGUGAACCAGCAGUCAGAUCACUCUUCUUUUCUGGACAGAUGUGUUUGGCAGCAAGACUGGGGUUGUGGGGCAGGACUGGAGCUGGAUUUACCUGGAGGCUCAACAUCUGGGUCAGCCACACAUUAGGACAGAAGGGCAGGCAAAGCUGGAAGAAUCAUAUAAUUAUAAUUAUCGAGGUGGGAUAAAUGUUAAAAGCAUCUGGUCCAGCCUCAUCCCCCUUUUUACAGAUACAGAAACUAAGGACAAAAGGAAUGACAAAAAGCAUGAAAACAAGACAUUCGAAAACAGACUAGCCAUAUUAUCUUGGGCAAUUUAUUCUUUUUAUUUUAUUUUUAAAUUUAAUCCUUAAAUUUCAGUUUCUCUAUUUGCAAAAUAAGGGUGAUGUUACCUAGUGCAUAGGGUAAGAUUAAAUCAGAUACUACAUGCCAAGUGUUAUUCCCUAUGGUGUUUAUCUGGUGAUCGGUCGAUAGUUUGAACCUAGACACAGCGGUCUGUGUAGACUAAGAUAAGAUAUAACAGCGAAGAACCCCCAAACUCAGUGAUGUUGACUCAACAAAGAUUUGUUUCCUGCUCAUAUCACAGAUGAGGGCCAUGUAGAGCCCCCCUCUUAUAGCUCUGCAGUCUAGAAAUCAUGGCUUUGAGGGUCACCACCACAGAAGAACAGUACAGGGGGCUCAUUGUUCUCUUGGCCUGGAAAUUACACAUCUUCGUGCCACUCACUUCAACAUCUCUAUAAGGAAAGUGGAUAUUGGCUACAAAGAACGGGGGCUUUUCAGUGAGCACUGAUCAUGUCUACCAUAUACUAGGAUUAUUUGGGGCUUGUGAUCCUGGUCCAAUAGAGGUGAUGGUCUGAGGAGGAAUACUUCUUCAGCUAUAGACCCAUGCUAGCCGCUUCCUCAGUGGCUGGUGGCCAUUGAAACUCCAGAUUUAGAGUCAGAGAAUUGGUGAAUCUAGGGUAACCUCCAUUUCUCCUGGCUAUGUGAUCUUGUGUAAAUUAUUCAACAUCCCUAAGCCUCAGAUACCUUCUCCAUAAGAAAAGGAUAAUAUAAUGCAUAUAUCAGACAUUGAUUGAGGCAUAAAUGCGACAGUGUGUGUGGAAUCAAUUUCAGAAGUAUAAGCUACAAUGAGAAAUGAUAUUCUUCUCAUUCUACUCACCUUCCUCAUUCCUUCAUGAGAGUACUAAUCCUUGCUGAGUACAAUGUCACAGUCAAUAUGUCAAGAACCUUACCUCCUAAUUUAAUCUUCAUUGCACCAGUGCAAGGAUUGUGCUAUUAACUCUGACUUACAGGUGAAGACCUGGAGGCUUCUCAGGGAGAAGAAAUAAGUUGCUGAGACAUUGUAGCUAUCAUGACAGAGCCAGGCUCAACCCCAGCCAUCUUAUUCCAAGGCAGGGUCUUGCCUGUGUCUGCAGUUUCCUAUGCUUUGGCUAGUAUAACGACAACUUUGUAGGGGGAGAUCAUUCUUUCUUCCUUAAAGAACCUUACCAAAAUGUUCUGGUGUGGCCAGAAAAGCUUAAGAUUCUAUGAGUAUUUUUUAUUUGUGGAAAUGUUGCAAAAGUAGAUUUUCUUACUUUGGAUUAUCCACAUUCCCCAGCAAAUCUGCAGGAAGUCCUAAGCAGAGAUUAGACGGGACAUCCAAGGAUGCAGGCGCGAGCAGCCCAGAGUGCAGGAGCAGGGUCCCAGGGUCCUGGGCAAGCUGAGAUCGACCUCUGAGAGCAGAGGGAAGCUACAGAGCAGAACUGUGCUGGCUUUGCAGGUAGACUGAAAUUACCAUGUGUCCAAAUUAAAAUUGCAUACUUCAAGGAUUAUUUGAAGGACUAUUCUUAGACCCUUUUAAGAAGAUUUAAAGAAAAACCACUCGGCCCUGAGUGCGGCGAGGACCCUAUUUGUGGAUGUGGAAGAGCGCGGGCCGGAGGCCAUGGACGUGAAGGAGAGGAAGCCUUACCGCUCGCUGACCCGGCGCCGCGACGCCGAGCGCCGCUACACCAGCUCGUCCGCGGACAGCGAGGAGGGCAAAACCCCGCAGAAAUCCUACAGCUCCAGCGAGACCCUGAAGGCCUACGACCAGGACGCCCGCCUAGCCUACGGCAGCCGCGUCAAGGAUAUGGUGCCGCAGGAGGCCGAGGAAUUCUGCCGCACAGGUGCCAACUUCACCCUGCGGGAGCUGGGGCUGGGAGAAGUAACGUCCCCUCACGGGACCCUGUACCGGACAGACAUUGGCCUCCCCCACUGCGGCUACUCCAUGGGGGCCAGCUCUGAUGCCGACAUGGAGGCUGACACGGUGCUGUCCCCUGAGCACCCCGUGCGGCUGUGGGGCCGGAGCACACGGUCAGGGCGCAGCUCCUGCCUGUCCAGCCGGGCCAACUCCAACCUCACGCUCACCGACACCGAGCACGAAAACACUGAGACUGGUGCUCCCUUGCAUUGUUCAUCCGCUUCAUCAACCCCUAUUGAGCAGUCCCCCUCCCCGCCCCCCUCCCCUCCGGCCAAUGAGAGCCAGAGGCGGUUGCUAGGCAACGGUGUGGCCCAGCCAACCCCGGACUCAGACUCUGAGGAAGAGUUUGUCCCUAAUUCAUUCUUAGUUAAAAGUGGCUCCGCCAGCCUGGGGGUCGCGGCGAACGAUCACCCGGGUGGCCUGCAGAACCACGCGCGGCUCCGGACACCGCCGCCGCCGCUCUCGCACACCCACACCCCCAACCAGCAUCACGCGGCCUCCAUUAACUCCCUGAACCGGGGCAACUUCACGCCGAGGAGCAACCCCAGCCCGGCCCCCACGGAUCACUCGCUCUCCGGAGAGCCCCCCGCCGGCGGCGCCCAGGAGCCUGCCCAUGCCCAGGACAACUGGCUGCUCAACAGCAACAUCCCCCUGGAGACCAGAAACCUAGGCAAGCAGCCAUUCCUAGGGACAUUGCAGGACAACCUCAUUGAGAUGGACAUUCUCGGCGCCUCCCGCCACGAUGGGGCUUACGGUGACGGGCACUUCCUCUUCAAGCCUGGAGGCACCUCCCCGCUCUUCUGCACCACAUCACCGGGGUACCCACUGACGUCCAGCACAGUGUAUUCCCCUCCGCCCCGACCCCUGCCCCGCAGCACCUUCGCCCGGCCGGCCUUUAACCUCAAGAAGCCCUCCAAGUACUGUAACUGGAAGUGCGCAGCCCUGAGCGCCAUCGUCAUCUCAGCCACGCUGGUCAUCCUGCUGGCAUACUUUGUGGCCAUGCACCUGUUUGGCCUAAACUGGCACCUGCAGCCGAUGGAGGGGCAGAUGUAUGAGAUCACGGAGGACACAGCCAGCAGUUGGCCUGUGCCAACCGACGUCUCCCUGUACCCCUCAGGGGGCACUGGCUUAGAGACCCCUGACAGGAAAGGCAAAGGAACCGCAGAAGAGUCGGUGGAUAACUGCCCCAGCAACUGCUAUGGCAAUGGUGACUGUAUCUCUGGGACCUGCCACUGCUUCCUGGGUUUCCUGGGCCCCGACUGUGGCAGAGCUUCCUGCCCCGUGCUCUGUAGCGGAAAUGGCCAGUACAUGAAGGGCAGAUGCCUGUGCCACAGUGGCUGGAAAGGCGCCGAGUGUGAUGUGCCCACCAACCAGUGUAUUGAUGUGGCCUGCAGCAACCAUGGCACCUGCAUCAUGGGCACCUGCAUCUGCAAUCCUGGCUACAAGGGCGAGAGCUGUGAGGAAGUGGACUGCAUGGACCCCACAUGUUCAGGCCGGGGUGUCUGCGUGAGAGGCGAAUGCCACUGCUCUGUGGGAUGGGGAGGCACCAACUGCGAGACCCCCAGGGCCACAUGCUUAGACCAAUGUUCAGGUCACGGAACCUUCCUCCCGGACACCGGGCUUUGCAGCUGUGACCCAAGCUGGACUGGACACGACUGUUCUAUUGAGAUCUGUGCUGCCGACUGUGGCGGCCACGGCGUGUGUGUAGGGGGCACCUGCCGCUGCGAGGAUGGCUGGAUGGGGGCAGCCUGCGACCAGCGGGCCUGCCACCCGCGCUGUGCGGAGCACGGGACCUGCCGCGACGGCAAGUGCGAGUGCAGCCCUGGCUGGAAUGGCGAACACUGCACCAUCGCUCACUAUCUGGAUAGGGUAGUUAAAGAGGGUUGCCCUGGGUUGUGCAAUGGCAACGGCAGAUGUACCUUAGACCUGAAUGGUUGGCACUGCGUCUGCCAGCUGGGCUGGAGAGGAGCUGGCUGUGACACUUCCAUGGAGACUGCCUGCGGUGACAGCAAAGACAACGAUGGAGAUGGCCUGGUGGACUGCAUGGACCCUGACUGCUGCCUCCAGCCCCUGUGUCAUGUCAACCCGCUGUGCCUGGGCUCCCCUGACCCUCUGGACAUCAUCCAGGAGACACAGGUCCCUGUGUCACAGCAGAACCUACACUCCUUCUAUGACCGCAUCAAGUUCCUCGUGGGCAGGGACAGCACGCACAUCAUCCCCGGGGAGAACCCCUUUGAUGGAGGGCAUGCUUGUGUUAUUCGUGGCCAAGUGAUGACAUCAGAUGGAACCCCCCUGGUUGGUGUGAACAUCAGUUUUGUCAAUAACCCUAUCUUUGGAUAUACAAUCAGCAGGCAAGAUGGCAGCUUUGACUUGGUGACAAAUGGCGGCAUCUCCAUCAUCCUGCGGUUCGAGCGGGCACCUUUCAUCACACAGGAGCACACCCUCUGGCUGCCAUGGGAUCGCUUCUUUGUCAUGGAAACCAUCAUCAUGAGACAUGAGGAGAAUGAGAUUCCCAGCUGUGAUCUGAGCAAUUUUGCCCGCCCCAACCCUGUCGUCUCUCCAUCCCCACUGACAUCCUUCGCCAGCUCCUGUGCAGAGAAAGGCCCCAUUGUGCCAGAAAUUCAGGCUUUGCAGGAGGAAAUCUCUAUCGCUGGCUGCAAGAUGAGGCUGAGCUACCUGAGCAGCCGGACCCCUGGCUACAAAUCUGUCCUGAGGAUCAGCCUCACCCACCCGACCAUCCCCUUCAACCUCAUGAAGGUGCACCUCAUGGUAGCGGUGGAGGGCCGCCUCUUCAGGAAGUGGUUUGCUGCAGCCCCAGACCUGUCCUAUUAUUUCAUUUGGGACAAGACAGACGUCUACAACCAGAAGGUGUUUGGGCUCUCAGAAGCCUUUGUGUCUGUGGGUUAUGAAUAUGAAUCCUGCCCGGAUCUAAUCCUGUGGGAAAAAAGAACAGCAGUGCUGCAGGGCUAUGAAAUUGAUGCGUCCAAGCUUGGAGGAUGGAGCCUAGACAAACAUCAUGCCCUCAACAUUCAAAGUGGCAUCCUGCACAAAGGGAAUGGGGAGAACCAGUUUGUGUCUCAGCAGCCGCCUGUCAUCGGGAGCAUCAUGGGCAAUGGACGCCGGAGAAGCAUCUCCUGCCCCAGCUGCAAUGGCCUUGCUGACGGCAACAAGCUCCUGGCCCCAGUGGCCCUCACCUGUGGCUCCGAUGGGAGCCUCUAUGUGGGUGAUUUCAACUACAUUAGAAGGAUCUUCCCCUCUGGAAAUGUCACCAACAUCCUAGAGUUGAGAAAUAAAGAUUUCAGACAUAGUCACAGUCCAGCACACAAAUACUACCUGACCACAGACCCCAUGAGCGGCGCCGUCUUCCUUUCUGACACCAACAGCCGGCGGGUCUUUAAAAUCAAGUCCACUGUGGUGGUGAAGGACCUUGUCAAGAACUCUGAGGUGGUUGCGGGAACAGGUGACCAGUGCCUCCCCUUUGAUGACACUCGCUGCGGGGAUGGUGGGAAGGCCACAGAAGCCACACUCACCAAUCCCAGGGGCAUCACAGUGGACAAGUUUGGGCUGAUCUACUUCGUGGAUGGCACCAUGAUCAGACGCAUCGAUCAGAAUGGGAUCAUCUCCACCCUGCUCGGCUCCAAUGAUCUCACAUCAGCCCGGCCCCUCAGCUGUGACUCUGUCAUGGAUAUUUCCCAGGUUCGCCUGGAGUGGCCCACAGACUUAGCCAUCAACCCAAUGGACAACUCACUUUAUGUCCUCGACAACAAUGUGGUCCUGCAGAUCUCUGAAAACCACCAGGUGCGCAUUGUCGCUGGGAGGCCCAUGCACUGCCAGGUCCCUGGCAUUGACCACUUCCUGCUAAGCAAGGUGGCCAUCCACGCAACCCUGGAGUCAGCCACCGCUUUGGCUGUUUCACACAAUGGGGUCCUGUAUAUUGCUGAGACUGAUGAGAAAAAGAUCAACCGCAUCAGGCAGGUCACCACUAGCGGAGAGAUCUCACUAGUUGCUGGGGCCCCCAGUGGCUGUGACUGUAAAAAUGAUGCCAACUGUGAUUGUUUUUCUGGAGAUGAUGGUUAUGCCAAGGAUGCAAAGUUAAAUACCCCGUCUUCCUUGGCUGUGUGUGCUGAUGGGGAGCUCUAUGUGGCUGACCUUGGGAACAUCCGAAUUCGGUUUAUCCGGAAGAACAAGCCUUUCCUCAACACCCAGAACAUGUAUGAGCUGUCUUCACCAAUUGACCAAGAGCUCUAUCUGUUUGAUACCACUGGCAAGCACCUGUACACCCAAAGCCUGCCCACAGGAGACUACCUGUACAACUUCACCUACACUGGGGAUGGCGACGUCACACUCAUCACAGACAACAACGGCAACAUGGUAAAUGUCCGCCGAGACUCUACUGGGAUGCCCCUUUGGCUGGUGGUCCCAGAUGGCCAGGUAUACUGGGUGACCAUGGGCACUAACAGUGCACUCAAGAGUGUGACCACACAAGGACACGAGUUGGCCAUGAUGACAUACCAUGGUAAUUCUGGCCUUCUGGCAACCAAAAGCAAUGAAAACGGAUGGACAACAUUUUAUGAGUAUGACAGCUUUGGCCGCCUGACAAAUGUGACCUUCCCUACUGGCCAGGUGAGCAGUUUCCGAAGUGAUACAGACAGUUCAGUGCAUGUCCAGGUAGAGACCUCCAGCAAGGAUGAUGUCACCAUAACCACCAACCUGUCUGCCUCAGGUGCCUUCUACACACUGCUGCAAGACCAAGUCCGGAACAGCUACUACAUUGGGGCCGACGGCUCCCUGCGGCUGCUGCUGGCCAACGGCAUGGAGGUGGCACUGCAGACCGAGCCCCACUUGCUGGCUAGCACUGUCAACCCCACCGUGGGCAAGAGGAAUGUCACACUGCCCAUUGACAACGGCCUCAACCUGGUGGAGUGGCGGCAGCGCAAGGAGCAGGCUCGGGGCCAGGUCACUGUCUUCGGGCGCCGGCUGCGGGUUCACAACCGAAAUCUCCUGUCUCUGGAUUUUGACCGUGUAACACGCACAGAGAAGAUCUAUGAUGACCACCGCAAGUUCACCCUUCGGAUUCUGUACGACCAGGCGGGGCGGCCCAGCCUCUGGUCACCCAGCAGCAGGCUGAAUGGUGUCAAUGUGACAUACUCCCCUGGGGGUCACAUUGCUGGCAUCCAGAGAGGCAUCAUGUCCGAAAGAAUGGAAUACGACCAGGCAGGCCGCAUCACAUCCAGGAUCUUCGCUGAUGGGAAGACGUGGAGCUACACGUACUUAGAGAAGUCCAUGGUGCUGCUACUACACAGCCAGAGGCAGUAUAUCUUUGAGUUUGACAAGAAUGACCGCCUCUCUUCUGUGACGAUGCCCAACGUGGCACGGCAGACACUAGAGACCAUCCGCUCAGUGGGCUACUACAGAAACAUCUAUCAGCCCCCUGAGGGCAAUGCCUCAGUCAUACAGGACUUCACUGAGGAUGGGCACCUCCUCCACACCUUCUACCUGGGCACUGGCCGCAGGGUGAUAUACAAGUAUGGCAAACUGUCGAAGCUGGCGGAGACACUGUACGACACCACCAAGGUCAGUUUCACCUAUGACGAGACGGCAGGCAUGCUGAAGACCAUCAACCUACAGAACGAGGGCUUCACCUGCACCAUCCGCUACCGUCAGAUUGGGCCCCUGAUCGACCGGCAGAUCUUCCGCUUCACUGAGGAAGGCAUGGUCAAUGCCCGUUUUGACUACAACUAUGACAACAGCUUCCGGGUGACCAGCAUGCAGGCUGUGAUCAACGAGACCCCGCUGCCCAUUGAUCUCUAUCGCUAUGAUGAUGUGUCAGGCAAGACAGAGCAGUUUGGGAAGUUUGGUGUCAUCUACUAUGACAUUAACCAGAUAAUCACCACAGCUGUCAUGACCCACACCAAGCAUUUUGAUGCAUAUGGCAGGAUGAAGGAAGUGCAGUAUGAGAUCUUCCGCUCGCUCAUGUACUGGAUGACCGUCCAGUAUGAUAACAUGGGGCGAGUAGUGAAGAAGGAGCUGAAGGUGGGACCCUACGCCAAUACCACCCGCUACUCCUAUGAGUACGAUGCUGAUGGCCAGCUGCAGACAGUCUCCAUCAAUGACAAGCCACUCUGGCGCUACAGCUAUGACCUCAAUGGAAACCUGCACUUACUGAGCCCUGGGAACAGUGCACGGCUCACACCGCUACGGUACGACCUCCGCGACCGCAUCACUCGACUGGGUGAUGUGCAAUACAAGAUGGACGAGGAUGGCUUCCUGAGGCAGCGUGGCGGUGAUACCUUUGAGUACAACUCAGCUGGCCUACUCAUCAAGGCCUACAACCGGGCUGGCGGCUGGAGUGUCAGGUACCGCUACGACGGCCUGGGGCGGCGGGUGUCCAGCAAGAGCAGCCACAGCCACCACCUGCAGUUCUUCUAUGCAGACCUGACCAACCCCACCAAGGUCACCCACCUCUACAACCACUCCAGCUCUGAGAUCACCUCCCUCUACUACGACUUGCAAGGACACCUCUUUGCCAUGGAGCUGAGCAGUGGUGACGAGUUUUACAUCGCUUGUGACAACAUCGGGACCCCUCUUGCUGUCUUUAGUGGAACGGGUUUGAUGAUCAAGCAAAUCCUGUACACAGCCUAUGGGGAGAUCUACAUGGAUACCAACCCCAACUUUCAGAUCAUCAUAGGCUACCAUGGUGGCCUCUAUGAUCCACUCACCAAGCUUGUCCACAUGGGCCGGCGAGAUUAUGAUGUGCUGGCCGGACGCUGGACUAGCCCAGACCACGAGCUGUGGCAGCACCUUAGUAGCAGCAACAUCAUGCCUUUUAAUCUCUAUAUGUUCAAAAACAACAACCCCAUCAGCAACUCUCAGGACAUCAAGUGCUUCAUGACAGAUGUUAACAGCUGGCUGCUCACCUUUGGAUUCCAGCUACACAACGUGAUCCCUGGUUAUCCCAAACCAGACAUGGAUGCCAUGGAACCCUCCUAUGAGCUCAUCCACACACAGAUGAAAACCCAGGAGUGGGACAACAGCAAGUCUAUCCUCGGGGUACAGUGUGAAGUACAGAAGCAGCUCAAGGCCUUCGUUACCUUAGAACGCUUUGACCAGCUCUAUGGCUCCACAAUCACCAGCUGCCAGCAGGCCCCAAAGACCAAGAAGUUUGCAUCCAGUGGCUCAAUCUUUGGCAAGGGGGUCAAAUUUGCCUUGAAGGAUGGCCGAGUGACCACAGACAUCAUCAGUGUGGCCAACGAGGAUGGGCGAAGGGUUGCUGCCAUCUUGAACAAUGCCCACUACCUAGAGAACCUGCACUUCACCAUUGAUGGGGUGGACACCCAUUACUUUGUGAAACCAGGGCCUUCAGAAGGUGACCUGGCCAUCCUGGGCCUCAGUGGGGGGCGGCGAACCCUGGAGAAUGGGAUCAACGUCACUGUGUCCCAGAUCAACACAGUGCUUAAUGGCAGGACUAGACGCUACACAGACAUCCAGCUCCAGUACGGGGCACUGUGCUUGAACACACGCUAUGGGACAACAUUGGACGAGGAGAAGGCGCGGGUCCUGGAGCUGGCCCGGCAGAGAGCCGUGCGCCAGGCCUGGGCCCGUGAGCAGCAGAGACUGCGGGAAGGGGAGGAAGGCCUGCGGGCCUGGACAGAGGGGGAGAAGCAGCAGGUGCUGAGCACAGGGCGGGUGCAAGGCUACGACGGCUUUUUCGUGAUCUCUGUCGAGCAGUACCCAGAACUGUCGGACAGCGCCAACAACAUCCACUUCAUGAGACAGAGCGAGAUGGGCCGGAGGUGACAGAAAGGGCCAAGGCCUGGACUUCUUGCCAAAGACAGCUACUCUUUUGUGGCCACAUACCUGACUGUGUUGUACUUUAAAAAAAAAAAAUUGAUUUUUUAACAAGUGCAGAAACAAAAAGAUACUGGUUGCAUUGUAACUCAUGCAACAUCCUUUUUUUUAGAAAAGAAAAACACAAAUUUGGCCUUCGCACAUUUUUUGCAAAGAACAGAAGGUAUUUUUUUCUGUAGUGUGAUCACAAUGAAAACUUUAUUGUCUUUUGUUCCCUUUUUCCUCUAGGAUUUUUCCCUUGUCGUUUGGGGUAUGUAUCUCCUCUCUGAGAUACAUCUCCUGGGGUGUCUCCUUGUCUGUCCCUAGAUACCCAGUGUGAUGUGGGACAUGAAUGUCUGUGCUAACUUGUCUCAUGUGCAACCCUUUCUUCUUCGAUUGGGGUCAGGCAGGAGUAAAGGGAGUGAUGGGCCAGUACAAUGCCCCUUCCGAGGGGGCCUGGGAGGAGGGUCUGUAGGACCAGAGGCUCCUAGGCAGGGCUUCUGCAGAAGAGUGGUGGAUUUCUUCUCACCAUGUUCUGUGCCUCCAGAGGAUCACAGAUGGCUUCAUCCUGCUCCAGGGAAUUUCAUGGUGUUGUUCAGCACCUUUUUUAAGCUGCCCCAACUCCUGUCCAAGCUUUCUAUUUUGAUGCUAAAUGAAGCCCCCUACCCCUUUUGCAAAUCCCGUGUAGUUGUCGGUGCCACCUCCAUGCUGGGAUAGAGAAAGUGUCUCCCAGGUCCUUUCCCCCAGACCGGUGACAUAACGUCCUGGACUCAGAGCCCCAUCCUCCCGGGAGGGAAAGCACCCAGGAUGCCUGUGACUGGUUGGUCCUCCAUGAUGUUCCUGUUCAUCUCCUCCUCUCUCCCAAAGCCAGAUGUGAAAACCAGCACUGCACAGCAAGCCCUCAAUGUAAGCACCAUGUCCACGGAAGGGAAGGCCACCCACAGCAAAGGGAUGGCAGUGGUGGUGAGGGCAGCAGCCUGCCUUCCGAGGCAAAGCCCUCUCUCUAUGACUUUGAGUAUCUUCCCUCCACUGCUCAGCCACCGCCACUGAGACGUCGGAAUGUGGAGGGAGGUGCUUGGUGGCCUUUGAUUCUGGAAAAAUGCUUAAGAAAAAAAGCCAACCAAAGAGAGGAAGGCAUGAGCCAAGCAUCCUUCUAACCAGCUCCGGAAGUCCAAUCUGCCUCCAUGUACAAGCUGAUCGCAGAGCUGGACUGGGGCAGGAUGGGCUUCCAGGAAGUUCCUGAAGUUCUGAAUCAGCUUCCCCGCUAGAGAAGCCCAGCCAGUGUGUUUUUUAGUGGCAGGAAGAAAGGAGGGAAGAGCUGCUGUGGUGUGGCCUGCCCGUGUCAUGCAACCCCACCAGGAGCAGGGCAGUUCCCAAGGUGGGUACCCGUGGAUCUGGGAGGCCAGGCUGGUGUGGUUCCUGUGAAGACCUGUGCCUGUGUCGUCAGGGAGAGGCCUGAGCCCUCGCAGCAGCAGGGACAGCCCAUACCUGAAGAGCACACCCAAGCUGAGGCAGCAGCCAGCAGGCGGGGGAGCAGGGAGGGCAGGGGGAGUCACAGCCAGAGCUGGGAGCCCCUUGUUCAAGGAUUCCAUUCCUGGUUCAUCCGCCUAAUUACCAUUGUCAUUACCACUCACAGGAGGCUCUGGGAGAUGGGAGGGGAAGCCAAAUGCUUCCUUUUAAGCUGGGCUUCUUAGAAAAUGGAACUUUUAUGGGUUACAUUUACAUUAAGUGUGGAAAAUGAAUUCUGAGUCUGAGCUAUUCCCCGUGGAAACCUUGUUGGACUGAUAAGCUCAUGGCACCUCUAUAGCCUUACUCACGGAGUCUUCAGAAUAUUACACGAGUUAAUGAAACUGAGAAGGUCUCUGACUGCAUGGGGAUCGGAGCAGCAUGUAGUCUGGGUUCUGCCUGGCAGAGGGAGGCAUCCAAAACUUCUCGAGGAGAGGAGAUUCCGCCUUACAUCAUCCCACUGGGAUUAGAGGAUGUGUUUCGCUAAGUGCUCUUCCUGUUUCCAAAAAAAAAAGUCACACUGCCGCAGCAGUGCGCCUUGGCCUGCUUGUCCACUGGUUGCCCAUUGCCCCUGGAUCCAGAGCUCCACUAAGUCAGAUACAGCGCUCCGCAGGCCUGCUGUGGGAGGCAUGAGCUGGAGAUGGGGGCUCCCAUCUGGCAGGAUCAUUCUUGGAUGAGAUGGAAAACAGUUUGGCCUGAAGAACACAAGUUUUUGUUCUCCAGAAGGGACUUACGCCUCUCAAAAUGUAUUCUUCAUACCAAGGGUCCUUGGGCAAAGUGCUCCUGCCCAGUCGAUCAGUCCCAUCCUGGCUGCCCGGUAUCAGUGAAGACCUGCUGGAGAUGUCUGCUCAGAGGUCAAGGGUGGCUUGUGGUCCACGGGAACCAGCUCCCUAGGCUUCCCCCAUGCCCUGUCCCUCCUCCACAGCCCCCUCCCCAAAGGGAUAGGGUGGACUUUUACGGAUCAAAAACAGAGAAUUACUGGGUAUUUCAUUUCUUUUUUUUUUUUUUUUUCAUAGAGAUGGGGUCUCACUGUGUUGCCCAGGCUGAUCUCAAACUCCUGGCCUCAGGCAAUCCACCUUGGCCUCCCAAAGUGCUGGGGUUACAGGUGUGAGCCACUGCGCCUGGCCUGAGUGUUUGUUUCUUUAAAGGAUCUUAUAUUUUUCCUGGGCUACAUACCACCACAGCAGCCCAGCUUCUGUGGGGAGAGAAGUUGAAGGAUCCCGAAGCUUUAGAAAAAGGAUCUCAGCGGUGGCACAGGCAGUGUUAUGCACCUCACCAUCACAUUGCUGCUGUUGUAUUGAAGGGGGUGCUUCUGGCCUUGGCCCUUUUGAGUUGGUUUCCAUUUGGGCUGCAGGUGACUCAGUGCCUCCCUUCUCAAACUGUCCUCCUGCUGAGACCAGCAGUCCCAACCCCAUGGCAAGGGUGAGUUUGAAGGCCUAACCCUAUGCCUACGUAAUAGGCUCCAAGCAUCGACUCCCACACUGAGAACACCAGCCCUUUUGACACUCACCAACCAAAUCUGUUAAUUCGAUAGAGUGACCAGGCCUCCCUCACCUGCCCAGGUGUAUGAUCCUACAGUUCCUGCCUUCUCUCCUACCCCGCACAGCUGCCAACUGGUCCUGCCUCCUCAGCCCCUCUGCCACCACCUUAAAUAGGACUUUGCUGAUUCCCCAACUUUGUUUUUUGUAGGAUGAGAUUUCUUUUUUACCCCACCCCCCACACUCCAAACAGACAUUGCUGGAGGGCAGAGCUAGGACAACUGGAGGAACAGGAAGGCAUGCCAGUAAAUUACUCCCUUGUCAGCCUCUGACCCUCAUCUCUCAGAAUUGUUGGCUGAGAAUUAACCCAAGGACCACACCAGUGCCUGAUUUCUACUUAGGGAGAGAGGAUUGGAAACAAUCCCAAAGAAACUGAGGGUGAGAAUGGCCAGGAGGUGUGUGUCCAAAAACCCAGGAGGGGCACAGAAGAUGAUGGCAAGGCAGACUGGGCAGUGUUUUGUAGACACAGAACAAAGAAUCAGAAUUUGAAAAAAGAAGAAAAAUACAUCUUCUCAGCUGCGACUUUAAAGUAUCACCUUUAUAGAUGGCAGGGAUUUCCAUUUCCAUUUCCAUCUAAGAUUUCAAUGUGAAAUCUUAGAAUGCAGUUUUACCACUUGCAGUCUUGUAUUUGUGGUGGCCACGUGGUGAGGGUGGUGAUGCUGAGCUUUCUGCCCAGGAGGAAUGAGCUUUCGAGCUCUCAGCAGGGUGUCAGGCUUGGGGAUUUGAGCAUUCACUGCUCAAAGUCCAGGCUAUUCUCCAGUCCUCAUGGCAGCCAUUAAGCCCAAGAGCCGGUCCUGACCUGGGGACACAUCUCCUGAGGGAUCCCAGAAAGAACCCAGUCUCUCCUUUCCCUUGGGGUCCUUGUUAGAACGAAAACCUCUCUAUUUAAGGCACAUCAUUCCCAGCUAGGUUUAUACACUUGUUUAUAUUUUAUUGGAGGAAAGGGAAUUAAAAAAUAACUCUGCAGUUCAAGGCCCUUUAAUUUAACCUUCCAAAAAGAGCAAACUCAUUUUAAAGACUCAUUGCUGAGGUGAUAGAGACAAACCUUAUCCUCUCCAACCUUUACAUUUGCAAAAACCAUCUUUGUGUGCUUGACUGCCCCAGACAGUGGUGACUCUUAGGUUUCAUUACAAAUGUGGAAGAUCAGAAUGUGGGAAGACCCGGGCGAGGGCCAAUGUUGUGUUUCUUACCCCCUCUGGAAUGCCAAAGGCAAGGUACUAGGUGACCUCCUGGUCCCCAAGAAAAUGUGAUUUAUUCUGAGGGCGAACAGCCAAAGGAGGACUCAGCCUGGAGCAGGCUUGACCGUCCUGGCAGGAGCUGAGCCGCAGGUGUCUGGCAGUGCCCCAGCAGCCCUGGAUUCAUCCAACACCAGAAUCCCACUUUUGUAAAUCCACCUGUUGUUCUGAGGACCUCUGAACUAGCAGCUUCAGCAAAAGGAGUCUGUACCAAGCUGCCUCUGGAUGACCAACACUGGAGACUCUGGCCUUACCAUGUGGAAAUCAUUUUCCUGAAGUCUGGAACUAAUUUUGAGAAGUUUUUUUCUCAACACUUUUGUGUUUCUAACACUGUAUCUUGACUGUGUAAAUACCAACAAGGCUGUAAAUAAAUGCAGAUGUAGAUACCUUCUAGAAAAAAAAAAAAAAAAAGCAUAAAAACAAAACCAGAAGUGAUCCUGUGUAGCCUUCGUUGACAAAUAAAGACUAUUUUGUGUUUA